CGCGGAAUGAAUAAUGUUUUGGGUUUUCGACAUUCCUUGGUUUUAUUUUGUCACGGUUCGAUGGAUUCUACAGGAUUUAAAUAAAAAUUGUUGAUAAUUGAUAUUUGAGAGAGCUUGGUGUAUCAAAAAAUAUCUGUUGAUCUGUAUGACACUAUUGCAAAUGAGCGGUCAAACCAGACUGGCAACUAACCAUGGUUCUUUAAAGUUGCAACCGUUCAUUGUUAGUGAAACAAUUAAUUUAACAAAGAAUUGUGGCUUGCUUAAAACGGGCGAUGAGUCUGAUUUUUACUUAUCUCCACUACCUACACUAUUGAAUGAUGAAGCUCCGGUCAAUAAUAACACUAUUCCUGGAAUGCAAGAAGUUUUUGACAAGCUGGCAUCACGUCCUCAUCCAUCUCCGAUCUUGGCGGCCACGCUUACGAAAUUCGGGAGUCAUAUUGAUGUUUGCCAAGAUCCAGUUAGCAACAAGAGUUUAUUGAACUCAAACACAUUACAUAGUCAUAACGGUUCUGAUUUAUCAAGAACGUCACAAGUUUACUUAAAAUCACAAGUUGAGAACUCCUCUUCGUUUAUUGAUUUGAACGAUUUUCCAUCUAGUCCUCUAUCCGGUGCAUUUGCUGAUUUUCAGUCACUAAGAUAUGUCCCUCUAAGUUUAGAUUGUUCUUCUUCAGCAAGCAUUUCACUGUCAACUGCAAAUUCAGUACUCGAUCAGUGUGUUGAUGAAAAUGAUUGUUUACCGGUUUACAGUAAUUGUCCUCCUAGUCUUGAAGAGGAAGAAAGUGAUUUGGUGCCUAGUGAACUUGUUCAAUUCGUUAGUGAAUCUACACGUCAGAUACCGAAUGAUUUGGUGGAUGUUGUUUCUGCCGGAGAUUCUGAUAUCGAAAAUAUAGAUCAUGAAGCUCGAUUAGCUUCCCUGUGUAUACCUAUCCUUCGCUCACCAUCACUUGGACAUUCUCAUAUGAUAGAAAAUGCACGGCCACCUACACUAUCACCUGAAUCAUCAGGUUGCCCACAUUCACCUUUUGAUCAUAUUGACAUUUCAUCAGAUCCAAGUUAUGAUAAGUCUUAUUUUACUCAAACUCCUGACUGUGUGUCCGACAAUAUAACUAAACAGCAAAUUCUUUCUCCAGAAUUACUAUCUUUACCUCAUGGUAGGUCAUCUGAUGAGCUUAUGUCUUGUAACGACAAUAAUCUUUCACAUAACAUAGAUCCUUUAAUAUUAACAUCACAUGUUAAUACUUCAGAUUUUAUUUCUACUAACAAUCACUAUACAUGUAAUUCUGAUCACCCGGAUUUAAUAACAAACUGUUCAAGUUGUGUCAUGCAUUAUUCUACCUCUGAGUUAUCUGAACAUGAAAUAUUACCGACCAAAGUGUGCAAUGAAUACAAAGUUACACUAUCUUCAUUAUCAACAUCAACAUCUGCAGAAUCAUCAUUACUCUCAAACAAUGUUCGUCUAAAUCAAGUUGGACCUUUUACACAACAAUCACUUCAAAAUCAUUUCAUAGUGAAAGAUGUAAUUAAUCACCCGAACACAAGCGUCAAUAAUCUAAGUGAUUUUCAGUGUAUUAUUACUAAUACAAAAUGUACGCCCUCUGUUCCUUCAUCGAGUGUAGAUGAAAGACGUACUGAGACAUUGAAGGUUCCGUCAGUUGUUAAUGUGAUAUGUACUCCGAAUGUUGAAGGGAAACAAUCCAUGUUUUCCUCGAAACAAGAUCUUUGUGAACGUGUUGAUUCCAUCAUUGGUGGGAACUACCAUCAGGAUAAGUCACCGUUUCCCGAGCAGAUUAUAAAUAUAGAUCCUGAAGCAACCAUUUCCGAAUCACAUUUCAUGCCAAAUCUUAGGUUUGCCACUUUAAUGGGAUCUGGUUCUCAAAAUGCACCAUCGGUAACUAUAUCUCAGAGCCCUUCUUCCUCCCUUCCUUCCUUCGAUCAAGUCCUUUCAUCCAGUGUUAAUCGGGAAUCAAUUUGUGAGUCAAAUAAAUGUGGUAAGCAACUGGUAGUUCCUUCUCAAAUGAAAUCUUUGAUUGCAACUCCCAAUGAUCACCCAUUUACUUCCAAUCCUUUUACCACUUCAUGUUUUACAGAAAAUGGUUACAUUGAUGGUUUAACGUCGAUUAGUUCUAAAGAAGGGAACUCCAUUACUCAUACUCCUUUAAUACUACCAACUCCAAGUUUUCAUGUAACACACCAUCCUGCUAGCACACAAUCUACAUUUGUUGUCUCACACCCUGUUACUCCUGGUGUUAUCUCUCCUGCAGAAUUACAAUCAUCUGCUCCUAUUGUUUUAUCUCUUAAAGGUAGAGCAUGUGUAGAAGCACCUCAGCCACAGGUUGCAAGUUUACCAACUAGUUCUGGUUGCGUUCUCUUACCGUUGCAAGUUAUAAAUUCUUUACCAACUGUAAAUCCUGGAAUGUCUUUACUUCUAAAUGUUAAAAAUAGUAAUGUUGUACGACAAAAUUGCACACCAUGUCUUCCAAAUUUUACUUCAGUUAAUAAUACUGUUGCUUCAGAUAAUAGUGGAUCGGUUUUUCUUCUUUCAACUCCUGGAAUUGUUACAAAUCUUAAUAGAAAUGUUUCUAGUAUUCCAGUUGUACAACUGCCGACACAACAACAUGUUAAUUUAAUUCCAUCUACCUUGUCUACUCCUAUGCUAUCUAAUUCCAAUGUAUCAACUUUUCGGAGUUCAUCUACAUUACCAAAUAGUUUUAACACUAUCCCAGGUGAUAUAAAAUAUUCAAACACUGCACAAUUACCUUUGGGAACACAACUUUUUAUUCUUCGUUCAACAUCGAAACCAACUAUUAUUAAUCCUACAUAUUUGAAUACUUCUUCUUUAUCUGUAAGUACAGUAAAUGGAAUGUUUAAUUCUUUACCUAUUUCAUCUACUGCUACUGGUUUAACUGUAGUGCUAGCUAAUCCAACUCCUAAUAAAUUUUCUGAAUCAGGGAAUGUAGUUUUUCUUCCAACAGUAUCUAGUAGAUCAAACAUAUUUCCAUUAUGUACUACGGACCCAUUGACAUCCAUUUUUUCAUCGGCAUCAUCUUCAUUUAUAACAACGAAAUCAUCAUCAUCAUCGUUAUCGUCACCAUCCUCAUCAUCCUCGUCAUCAUCAUCAUGGACAAAUAUAUCAACAUUAACCAAUCAUGAUAUUAACAAUUUAGCUAGUAAUUCCACAACAUUAAAUUCAUCUCCAAUUACUACUACAAAUACAUCGGAUAUGAAUUUUAAAACUUCAGUAGAUACAUCAAAUGAGACAUCGUUAUCUUUUCCAUUAACUUUAUUAUCUAAUACUCCUCAACAAACAAUGAUUUUAUCAUCUCAACCUUGGAUUUCAUUUUCUUCAUCUGGUGAUAAUCAUAAUAAUAAUAAUAAUAAUGUAUUUACACCAUCACAAAAUUUCAAUACUCAUACAUUUCUUUCACCUUCAGCAACUACAUUAUCAGCGUCAUUAUCAUCUGUGUCUUCCUCUUCAUGUAAAUCAUUGGAUAAUAAUUCUUUACCUUCUUCUUCCAUUUCAUGUUCAAAUGGUAGUUUAGAAACAUCCAAAUCUAAUCAUUCUAUAACUUCUAGUUCAAUAAUAGGCAGUUGUCUGCCUCCUACAGUCUCUUCAUUAUCCUCUAUUAUUGUUAACGGUAGUAAUAAAGAUAGUAAAGCUGGUACAUUCUGUACUUCAAAAAACCAACAGAAUGAUGUUAAGACAAGUGUCAUUGUGUUGCCUUCUGCAGAUAAGUUACUUUCUUCGCGUAAUUAUUCACAACUAUCCAACUUAGCAACUCAACAAAAUAGUAAAUAUCAGGAUGUAAAAUGUAGACGUUUGUCUUAUUCCUGUCCUAGUACACCUUCCAUUCCAUCCACUACUGUUUCUGUGUCUACCACCUCGUCUGCAUCACUACAAACCAAUGUGAUAUCAUCUACGAGUAUGGUUACGUGUUGUUCAAGGCGUAGACAUCAGUGUCCUUAUUGUCCAAAAUCUUGUGAGAGAAAGGAUAAUCUUCAAGCUCAUAUCCGUACUCACACUGGAGAACGACCGUAUCCAUGUCGUUAUUGUCCUAAAGCAUUUCCUCAGAAAGAUCAUUUACGAGCUCAUAUUCGCACACAUACAGGGGAAAAACCUUACAGAUGUCCACAAUGUCUUAAAGCAUUUGCUCAACUGGGUAAUCUUCAUCGACAUGUUAAAACUCACCGUCGAUAAAUUUAUUUUAUAAGAUUCAAUAUCAUUCAGACUGGCAUUCUAUGUGUAUAAACUUCUUUAUUCCAUUCUACCAUAUAAAAAAAAUAUGGUUCAGUCAACUAAUUCAUUCGUAGCAAUUAAUUAGUAGCAAUCAAUAAUGCAUUUACUACUCUUAUAUUCCUUGAUUUUUUUUUUAUCUAAACUCUGAUUUCAAAAAUACUUCAUUAUUCAAAUUGAUUAUUUAUUUCUUGAUUCUAUCUGUGUUUUUUUUUAUUUUAUUCUGUAGUUUCAUUCAGUCAGCUUUACUGAUUAUCAUCACUGGCUACUACUCUUACUCCUACUCCUACUACUAUUACACUU